GAGACAUUUCGUCUGGACAACUGCACCAUGGCCAGAUGCAUUGAGAACAACAGGAUUGAUAUAAUUCCUCUUGAAUGUCCACCCAUGGCGAACAUCACUUGUGCCAAUAAAAAUAAACCAGUUCUUGUGUACGAUGAGUACCACUGCUGCCAACAUUACGCUUGUGACUGUGUAUGUACAGGCUGGGGAGAUCCUCAUUACAUCACAUUUGAUGGACUUUACUACACUUAUCAAGGAAACUGUACUUAUGUCUUGAUGGAAGAGAUUUCACCAAAAUAUAACUUGAAGAUUUAUAUUGACAAUGUCUUUUGUGCUCUCACUGACAAUGUUUCUUGUCCUCGAUCUAUAAUUGUAUUUUAUGGAUCACAUUUUUUCAAACUGAAGAAUCAUAACGUCAUUGGAGCACCAGAGUUGGAGGUGCUCAAAGAUGAAGCACCUCUGAAACUACCUUAUUCACAACAAGGUGUUACAAUUUUGAAUUCUGGCAUUAACCUGGUGUUGGAGAUCCCUGACAUAAAAGUGGUAAUUCGUUUUGGAAUAACUGGCUUUAGUGUUGCCCUUCCCUUUCAAUUUUUUGGCAGAAACACACAGGGACAUUGUGGAACAUGCAAUAACAACCAGACUGAUGACUGCAUGUUGCCUGGAGGCAGGUUUGUGAAAAGCUGUGCAGAGAUGGCCAACUAUUGGGUUGCAAUAAACAUUUCCCAACCCAACUGCCCAUCUGUACCGCCGUCUCCGUCAUCCAGUCCAUGCCAGAGAAAGCCAGACUCCAUGUGUGAGCUGCUGAAGAGCAGUGUCUUUGCAGAGUGCCAUCGCUUUGUCUCUCCUGACAAUUUCUACCAAGGCUGUGUUUUUGAUAGCUGCCAUGUUUCCAACCCAAAUGUGGAAUGCUCAAGUUUGCAGACUUAUGCUGCUGCCUGUGCUCAGGCUGGGGUUUGCCUUCAGUGGAGGAAUCACACCACACUGUGUGCCAGUGACUGCCCAUCAAACAAAGUUUACAAGCCAUGUGGUCCUGCAGAACAGCGAACCUGUGAAGACUGUCCUGACAAACUCACCAAGAAGUUCACUACUGAGGGCUGCUUUUGUCCUGAUGGAAUGACACUCUUCAGCAAAUACUCUGACAAAUGUGUUGAAAAUUGUGGAUGUCUUGAUCCUGAGGGCAUUCCUCGUAAGUUGAAUGAGAUGUUUGGGUACAAAUGCCUAAACUGCAUCUGUGAGGAGUCCACCAAGACUGUGUCUUGCAAGCCUAAGGUGUGCCCACCACCACCUCUAAUAAACUGCACUGGUCCAGGGUUCGUUAUUGUCCAACAACCGGAUCCCAUAGACCCCUGCUGUUCUACCUAUGUUUGCCAAUGUCACAGCAACACUUGCCCAGUCACCAGCAUGAACUGUCAGGUUGGAUUUACUUCAGUUGUCAGUGUUCCUGAAGGGAAAUGCUGUCCAGAACAUACAUUUGAGCCUAAAGGAGUUUGUGUCCACGAAGGAAGUGAAUACCAGCCUCGUUCUUCGGUUCCUGGUCCUACAUGUCAGAGUUGCACCUGUACCAAUGAGGUGGACCCAAGUUCUAAACUAUUCAAAAUAGUUUGUGAGUUUCAGCAAUGUGAUAAAAAUUGUGAAAAGGGAUAUGAAUAUGUGCGAACUGAUUCGGACAAAUGCUGUGGAAAGUGUGUACAGACACAGUGUGUCGUCAAUGUUAAUGGUACCAAGCAACUCUUGAUGCAAGGACAAAUCUGGUCACCACCUGAGAAUAAGUGUGAGCACUACACCUGUGUUAAGAGUGGUGAGACUUUAACAAUGACCAGAUCACACAUUGUCUGCCCACCAUUUGAGCAGAGAAACUGCCAACCUGACACAAUACAGACUGCAGCAAAUGGCUGUUGUAAAAUUUGUGUGGAGAGGGAAAAGGCCUGCAAAUUACAAUCCAUGGAAACUCAGAUUAUGUUUGGGAACUGUCAGUCAUACCAGGAAGUAAAUAUGACCUAUUGUGAAGGAUCCUGCAACACUUUCACCAAGUACUCUGAAAAAGCAGCGACUCUGCAGCAUUCUUGCUCCUGCUGUAAGGAAACAAGCUCCAGCAAUCGUACCAUUGACUUGCACUGCCUGAAUGGAGAUGUGGUUCCCUACACAUACAUCCAUGUGGAGGAGUGUAGCUGUAGCCCCACAGACUGCACCACAGCUGCUGGACAACCUGCUCGCAGGAGGCGACGCUUCACACUAGUGUAAUAAAAAAUAUGUUAUCACAUUAAUGUAUGUUGAAGUUUAUUCGCAUAUAUCCAUUGAUCCAAUAAAAAGACGCAAUUCUA